UCGAGUUUAAACGCGCGCGCACUCACGUCUCAAUCCUAGAAAUGCAUUAGUCUUUGCUCACGUCGGUUGCUCCCUAUUAUUAAAGUCGGAAAAUUAUUAGAGAAAAUAUUAAGACAUAAAAUAUAUUUUAAACAACAAUUGACCAUUGAAAUUAUUAACUAAUUGUUGCCACGUUAAUUUCCAUCGUAACAUUUAUUUUAUUUUUUGGUGUCUUUCGAGUUCACACAAAUUAUUCAACAUCGUUUAAAUGGCUCAAUUAAUUAACUUGAAACUAUCCAGGAACGAUAAGUCAUCGCCAUGGGGAUUUCGGUUACAAGGCGGUAAAGAUUUUGGAACACCAUUACUUAUACAAAAGGUGAAUUUUGGUAGUUUAGCCGAGAAGGCUGGUCUUCAAGUAGGUGAUGCCUUAGUCCAGGUCAAUGGCCAAGAUGUAUAUGAUGUGAAACACAAAGAUGCUCAAGAUAUUAUCAUCGGAGCUGGAAAUUCAUUCGAAGUCACCAUACACCGUGGUGGAUUAAGCUCAUGGAAACCUUCAGUUACACCCGUGGGACCAAGUCCAGUGUCCAAUCGUUUCUCGCAAUCUCCACAGCCAGUGACAAAAACUUCAUUAGCCAGAGUUGGCCCACCAUCUCCUGCAAUUGGUACCGGACAUAAUGCUGUUACACGGCCUUUCAGUGGAGCUUCAUCACCGAAAGUUGCAAAUGGAUACAACAAUGAUUCUGGAACUGUUAAAGCUAUUGUUAAUAAACAGUAUAAUACACCAGUAGGAAUUUACAGUGAAGAGAAUAUCGCCGAAACACUUACAGCCCAAGCUGAAUUAUUAGCCGGAGGAGUAUUGGGAGUGAACUUCAAGAAAAAUGAAAAGAAUUACGAGGCCAGCAAUAGUGAAGUACUUAAAAUGGUGCAAGAAGCUGAUAAACAACCGAAAGAUAUAGAAUCAGACCUUCAAGCGAAAUUCGCAUAUUUCUCGGCUGCAAGCCAUGCGAUAGGGGGCCGUGCUACGUCACCACGUUCCAUGACACCUAUAGCAGCAGCUAUAAACAUGCCAGAACAACGAGAUCCUUAUUUGGGUUCUCCUUUUAAAGAAGUGGAGAAUAAUAUGCCUGUUGAGUGCAACGAUUGCAGAAAAGACAUUAUCGGAGUUUUUGUACGCAUCAAAGAUAAAAGUUUGCACGUCGAAUGUUUUAAAUGUGCUACAUGUGGAUCUUCAUUGAAAAACGUGGGCUAUUUCAAUAUUAAUAACAAACUGUACUGCGAUAUUCAUGCAAAAAUGGUGGCCAAACAAAACCCACCAGCGCCGAAUUUGGAACCCGUUACAGUAGCACCAGGCUCUCGUCCACCAUCAGGCUCUUUCAAUGUAAUAACAUCUAAACCGAAGGAAGCUCAAUCACCACAACCCAGCACUUUAUCACCAAUACCAUUCCACGCUCCAAAAGCUCCUUGUCACGUAAACGCCCCCAAGAUGCAGGUUCCGCAAAAAGUAUUUUCGAACGCUAAACCAAAUGAAUCACCAAAACAAACUCCCGCUCCCCCGGCAUUCACUGGUGGAUAUAACCAAGUUCAGAGUGAUGCGUUUAAAAGUUCUAUUAACCCCCAACCAAGAUUACCUUUCUUAAAACCAAAACCUUCGACCGGUUCUGCUUUUUGUCCUGUGAAGUUAAGUCCAUUGACUACUGACUCCAACAUAUGUUCCACUGAGUGUGCGAAAAGUAUAUCUCGUACACUAAAUCAAUGCAAAGAAACGUUAAGUGCUUCAAUUUCCACACAAAUGUUGAUAGAAUCUUCCAAAAAAGAGCGAUCUGAGUCUCCAAUCCAAAAAUAUAAUCAUCCAGAAACCCAUACUUCAGAGGUAUCUCAAGAAAUUCGAUCACUUUUACCACCAAAUAAUCCUAUCAGAUCCAUUUCACCAACACAUUUAGUGAUAUUUCCACCAGAAAUGCCACCAGAAUUUAAAGCUUAUUGUAGAUCAAAGACUUCUACACCACAACCACUACACAAAAUCAACGCCGAAACUGAAUCACCGUGUUUAAUUUCUUCUGCCGUUAAUCAAGUAGAAAGUACAAUUUCAAAAACAACAGUGGAAUGCUUAGAAAUUGUUGAACCAAAUUGUGUUCAAAAUAUCAAUGAAUAUGAAGUUUCAAAAUCCGAAAAAUCCGAUAUAAAUGUCGGACAAGAUCAACUUAUACCUCAAUCUACAGUUGAAUACUUGAAAGAGGUUACACAAAAUUAUAAUCCAAAGUUCCAUGAAAAUGAAGAUUCAAAAUUUGAAAAUAUUGAUAUAAUACAAAAUCAACAGACUUCUCAUAUUGAUAAUGCUGAACCUAUAAUUAGAUCGAAAUUAGUGACUCCUGUAGUUGAAAACAAAAGAGCAGAAUCGCCACUGGUAGCUGCAUUAACAAUAGCUCCUGAUAGAAGUUAUUCUCCUCUCCCUUCUUUUGUGGACGCUUCUGAAUUCGUAUCAAAACCAACAGAACUCGUUAAAGAACAAAAAUCAAUGACCAUGGCAGAUGCAUUAACAGUAGCUCCAGAUCGUAGUUAUAAAUUACCUGAAUCUAAAAUACCAGCAAGACCUAUAGGAAACAAUCCUGUUAGAUAUAUGCAUGGAUAUAAUAAAAAAGAGCCGGCUGUACCUUUACUUAUGACUCGGUCUUUAAUAUACUCACCUAUAUCAGCAGUUGAUUCGGAAGAAGAACAAAUAGCAAUGUUGGGGUUAAAAUCAUUUCCUCCGGUUUCUGAUGAGCUGAAAUUAUCAACAGCAGCAGGAGAUUUUGAUCGGAAUGAACCUGACUUUGAAUACAUCGAAGAAUUAAAUUUUGAUGUACCAAAAAUCGAAGAAUUUGAAGAACCAGCGAACGAAGAAACAGUUACAGAACAACCAUCAAAAUGUUUACCUAGAUAUCCAUUCACUGCUUCUGGUCUUCACGAGCCAUCAGAUAUACCAAGAUAUCAACAAAGUAUACCAGAAAAUCCUCAUCAGGCUACAAUCCCCAGUGAAAAAUUCCCUGAGAAAAAGAUUGGUCCGGGAAUUCAAGAUAAAGUAUCAACAUUUACUUCCAAAGGAUCUAUUAAAAAUGAAACAUUUUUAAAACAAGAACGUAAUAUAAAUACAAAAGUGGUUACCUUGGGAUUUGAACCAUCUUCUUUAGGAGGAUGUACAUCUAAAUUUGAAAAUACUGAUCCCAAUAUCAUAAUAUCGAGUAAUUUUGAAGCCGCUUCACCUAAUAACACAUCCAACGCUAAAUCUUCUAUAACUUCUCCUAUGCCUAUCUCUUCUCCACCACCAUUUCCUAAAAUGUUGGUAACUAAUGUUAAUACUGUAGAACCGGUCGGCCCUAUGCCUAAAACAUCAUUACCUGCUUCAUUGUUAUCUAAAAAAUUAACAUGUUUUACAAAAAAGCAACAACCUAAAUAUAUUCCAACACCUAUACCCCAACCCGAUAUAGGUGGUCAGCCAACGGGAAGAACCGGUGCUUCGGCAGGUCUUACUGCCCCCAAAAGGGGUCGCGGAGUGUUGAAUCCACAAAAUUUGACCCCGGGUGCAAGAGUGCCGUUAUGUGGACAAUGCAAUUUAUACAUAAGAGGCCCGUUUAUUACUGCUCUCGGUAAAAUUUGGUGUCCAGAACAUUUUGUGUGCACAAACGAAAAAUGCAAGCGUCCAUUACAAGAUAUUGGAUUUGUUGAAGAAGACAAUGGUCUAUACUGCGAAUACUGUUUCGAACAAUACUUAGCACCGGUAUGCUCCAAGUGCUCCAAGAAAAUUAAAGCGGAUUGUUUGAAUGCUAUUGGCAAACAGUUCCACCCCGAAUGUUUCAAUUGUACAUAUUGCGGCAAGCUUUUUGGCAAUAGCCCAUUCUUUUUGGAAGAUAGUCUUCCAUACUGUGAAAAUGAUUGGAAUGAGCUUUUCACAACCAAGUGUAUAGCUUGUGGUUUUCCAAUUGAGGCUGGUGACCGUUGGGUCGAAGCUUUAAAUAACAAUUAUCAUAGUCCGUGCUUUAAUUGUUCGAAAUGUAAGGUGAAUUUGGAAGGACAGAGCUUCUUUGCAAAAGGAGGAAGGCCAUAUUGCAAAAGUCAUGCUCGUUAAUAUCACAUGUAUCAACUAAUCAUAAUGUGUAUAAUUAUUGAUAACUUACCAUAAAAAAAAAAAAAAUUAUUGACUUGUACCUACUACUAUUUUGAACCUUUUAUUUAUUUUCUAGUUUAGUCUUAGCUUAAAUAAUUCAACAGUGAUUAUCAAAAUCGACGCUUAUUUUAAUCGAAUUAAUCAAAAUUGUACCGAAAAUUCGUCAAGGUGUAAACUCAAUUAUUAUUUUAUUAGUUGUAACCAACACACUUGUAGAGUAUACCAUAUAGAGUAAGUAUAGAUAAAUAUUAAACACACGUAUCGAAUAAUUAAUAGGUAAAUGCGUACGACUUUUUUUCGUUCUCUUUGAAUUAACAUAUCUAUAAAGAAACAUAUUUAUGAUUUUAAUACUAACAAUGUUUUAAUUACAUUUUAUUUCGUCAAAAUAAACAAAAUUUACCAUCGAA